GGAAGCACUCGCUGCUCAUACCAGACGUCGUCCUCCCCCUCCUCGCUGACCGGGGUUAGCUUGCCCACCACGCUACUUCUGAGGCGGCCUCUCUGCUUGGCCGCCUCUUGGGCCAGACCCGGGAGACCAACAAUCCUAGGCCUGGAGCGUACCUGGUGGUUACACCGGGGUACCAAGCCUAGGAUGCAGUCAAGCCUUCGGAUACUCCACCCUCCCUCGUCGGACAAUCCGACAAAUUUGGCGGUCCUGAUCCUCAAUGUCGACUCGCACAAAUAUGUGUUCAAUGUGCCCGAAGCCACGUCGCGGUCACUCGUGCAGCGGGGUGCAAAGGGCCUCUCCAAGGGACUGCAGAACAUCUUCGUGCCGCGCGUGGGCAUCGAGGAGCUCGGCGGACUGCCGGGCCUCAUCAUGGUGCUGGCCGAUGGCCAUCGAAGCAACGUGAGAAUACACGGCCCACCUGCACUCACACACUGGCUUGCCACGGCACGCAGCUAUGCGAGGCGUGAUGGGAUCGCAGUCAGCGUCAACGAAGCACCCAUGUUAAGCUCCUUCGGUCCAACAGGCAGGCUAUCGUCCUCGAAUAGCAGCAAGACUGGCAAGGAGAGGGAGACGGAGCAGGAUACCAACGAGGAAAAGGAAGAGGAACAAGAGGACUUUGUCAUCUUCCAAGACACCAACAUUGCUGUUAAGGCGCUUCCUCUGCUCCCCACUGGCUUCGUCUUGCCUCCCGGUCAACAUCUCAAGGAUUCUAGCUCCCCUGCUAGCAAAAAACGCAAAGUCGACAACGACACCAUCAUUGAUACUCGUAGCAAUCUGGCUUUUCCACCCUCGGAGCGAGCAAAGUCUUUCCUCUUACAGAUGUUUCCCAACGAUCACGGCUCUCGUCCGCCGCCAGUAAAGGAAGCAAAGGAGGGCGAGGAGGAGCAAAAAGAGCAAGAGGCGGCAGCGGCUGCUGUGGAGCUGGAAAAGGACGAGGCGCUCAAGCGAAAGCUUAGGAACCGAGCCACGGCCAGCAAGACUGCUCUCGACGAGCCACCCCUGGAACCAGUCGCCUCAUCAUCUUUCUCCCGAAUGAAUGGCCAGGCUCCUGCUCUGACUUACAUUGUCGUAGGCAAUCCGUCCAGAGGCAAAUUCGAUGCUCCCAAGGCUGCAAAUCUAGGAGUGAUGCCUGGCGAGAAUUACGGCAAAUUGGGCGCGGGGAAAGACGUCGAAAUCCAGAGACCAAAGGCGUGGAACCAGUGGGACGACGACAGGCGCCGGGAAUGGCUCAGUCAGUCAAAGAAGCAGGCUGUCGGUCGAGCAAAAGUGGCGAGACUGAAGCACAAGAAGGCCAACAAGGUCCUCAGCGAUGCUGUUCCGGCAGCGGUGGAUGAAAAAGAGGAGCUGGAAACGGUUACGAUCAAGAGCAGCGACGUCGUUGCGCCAUCGAGACCAGGUGCCGUCUUCAUCCAGGUGGCUCUCCCUCAUCCCGACUACCUCGAUGCUUUCUUUUCAGAAUCAAUGCAGGAACAGUUGACUGCUUACCGCCAAGGAGACCACGUCGCGCAUGUCAUGGUACAUGCCGUGCACCCCAGCAUCCUCGACAGCAAAAGAUACCAGGCCUUCGUACGCUCCUUCCCCCACACCAACCACAUCGUCACCUCGAGACCCUAUCUUGCCGAUAAGCUCUCUUUCCCUUCUUCAGCUCUAGCCAAUCUCCGCAUGAGCCGCCUCGACCCUCAAUUGUUCCGUGUGCCGGGGUAUGAGCUUGAGCCGAGGCUACACCUGACAGGCUUUGACAAGCUAGGCCCCGCUGGUCUCGACACAGAGAUUCCUCUCCAGCCUCCAGGACCACCGCGACCGAUGAUGGGUAAUGCUCCCGAUUUUAACUUUCCGGUGGACUCGACCCAGGCGGAGGAUCUCGCGGCCUUUCGACUCGACAAUAAGAGCACUAGGCAAUUGAAGCCGGAAUUGAGGCAGGCAAAGGAGACCGCGUGGAAUCAUUUUGCCGAUCUGGCUGUCGAAGUUCGUCGUAAAGUGCAGACAUUGGCAAAAGAAAGCGAGGGCGAAGGAAACGAAGGACUCAGAUUCACCACACUGGGAACAGGGAGCGCGCUGCCGAGCAAGUAUCGAAACGUGAGCGCGACGCUCGUUCAUCUUCCAAAAGGGCGAGGCUACGUGCUCCUGGAUGCGGGUGAAGGCACCUAUGGACAGCUCUGUCGCGCAUUCGGAGCCAAGGUGAACGAUGUCCUUCGAGACAUUCGCGUCAUCUUCCUCAGCCAUGUGCACGGCGAUCAUCACAUGGGCGUCACCCGUCUGUUAGCCGAACGAAAGAAGCUUGAUCCUCCAGCGCCCCAAAGGCUCUACGUCAUUGCCAACAACUUCACUCGAUCCUACCUUGAAGAGGUCGAUCGAAUUUUUUCGCUUGGCAUCGUCCGCGACGACGAUGACUUCUCCAAGACGACCAAAGACAACGAGGGAGUCGUCUUUCUCGAAUGUGAACACCUCGACCACGCCGUCGGGGUGAACCCUGACCCCGUCACGAAUGCCGAAAAUGCAGGAAAGGACGACUCAGAGAAAGAUGAAGCUUGGCAGGCAAAAUUGAGAAACGACACGAUACAAAGAAUCCAGCAGGGGAAGAUCGUCCUGGCGUCCUUCAAGGCAGCAGCUGCAGCGGGAGGCGAGCUCUCCACUGUUGAUGAGCUCGACGGAUGGCAGACCAAGGAAGUGGAGCGCGUCGUAAGCGGGCUGGUGCAGAGCCGAAUAAAAGAGCGAACUAAGGUCAAGGCUCAUCUCGCUGGCCUUGAGCAGGUGCUCGACGGCGCCAAGCUCUUCACGACCGAGGUGGACCACCGGGCCAUGCAUUGCUAUGGUCUCGUCGUUCGUAGCGAAGGCAAUAAUUCUGACCGACCAUUCUCCUUUGCUUACUCUGGCGAUACACGGCCUUGCGCAAACCUUGUCGAGGCGGGCAAACAGGUCGAUGUGCUUGUGCACGAAGCAACAAUCGAAGAUUCACAGCCGGAAAUGGCGCACACGAAGGGCCACUCAACGUUUGGACAGGCCAUCGAGGUUGGCACCAAGAUGGGGGCGAAACGUGUGCUCCUCACGCACUUUUCGCAGAGGUAUCCGAAGCUGCCGCGACUGUCGUUCGCGCCUGAAGAGGAGACAGGAGAAGCCAGACCAGUGGUAGCGCUGGCGUUUGAUCUCAUGACGAUAUCCGAAGGGCAGAUGGAGCGCAUGAAACUUUUCCAGGAUGCCCUCGAGGUCCUCUUUGAUGCAGAUGAAGAGGUGGAUGAGGCCGCGAGCGAGGUGGCGUCAGCGGCCGACGGGCAGAGGUCCGAACAGCGUGUGGAGCAUGCUAAGGGCCAGAAGGCCGGCACCAAUGGAGCUGUUGUCAGCCACGGGGGUCAUCAGGAAAGUGAAGCAACAAAAGCCCAAGGGAACAAGCCUGACGCUCACUCGAACGGAGCAAACACCGUUGGCCAACGAGGGCUAGCAGGAACCAACGGAAAUCUGAAGGAAGAUGUCGAUGUUGAGAGCAAAGGUUUGCUACAACGCAGAAACGUCAAGGAGUUUGCUUAUCGAUAUAUCGUCUUUGACAUAAUCGCGACUGCCAGAGACAGCCAAGUCGCUCUGCCUUCGCCAUUGGCCAUUUCGGGCAUGAUCAGCAGCUCCCUCGAGGAGGCCUUUGGCGUUGUCGGCGGAUCCUCGAUCCGCUUCGACGUGCUACAGGUCGUGACCGCUCCUGCCUCGGCCUCGACUUCGUCUUCAGGUAGAGCAAAGGUCAAAGGUCGAGGUCUGCUGAGAACAAUUGCGAGCAGCAAUGCCGACCUGGCAAGAGACGAGGUCGAGCGCCUGGAAAAGGCCAUCUCACUAACUCACGCCAGCGACUGGAGGCUGGGCAUCCAGUCGACGAGCCAUGGUCUGGCAUUCGAGGGCCUCGGAAAGACAUCGAGAGAGUGGUUCGAGGAUAUGGCAAGGGAUGAUGAUGAUAGAUAG